GGUUUAGAGAAGACUCAAGUCAAGGCUCCCAGGUCUCAUAGCUCAGCACUAAUCAUCUUCCUGUCUCCAUGUCAACCCUACUUUGCAUAUAGUUGCACGACAGAGUAUAACAGGAAAUGAGAGAGGCACAUGAGAAGACCCAUGUAGUGGAUGAUAGUGGAGUCUAACUGGACCUCAGGUACUGGUGUUAUUUAGAAGAAGGGCAUUGUAUUAUACAGGAGACAAUGAAGGAUAGUCUGAAUUUGUAUUCGAAGCUGAAGUAAAUGGAAGAUUCCACCCUCUCACUGAUGCCCUGACCUCCACUGAAAUCAGUUGGUUCCUCUAAAUUCCGAACCGAAGACCCGACAGUGGCUGCAUGGAAAAGAUGAACCUUGUAUUGGUGGAUUAUGAAUUUGAGUACAUUGCACGAAAUGGGAGGCAGGUGUCCAUUAAACCCAAUGAGAGGUACAUCCUGGUUACCAAAACCAACGAAAUCUGGUGGCAUGUUCGCAAGGACCUCCAGACAAAGCCCUUUUACAUUCCUGCCAAGUAUGUGAGAGAGCUCCCUUCAGCUGCUCAGUCACUCAUAGACUCUACCGCUAAAAGCCAGACAUCCUCUGACCUAUUGUCUGGUGGAGAACCAGAAAAUAAACCAUGCGCAAGGUCAGCUAGUACAAGGGUUCAGGCAUUUACGGAUGAUUCUCUCACAAUGUCCACGUUUGGUUGCCCUGGAGAAUGCAAUGGCAUUAAGACAUCGGAUCACACACAGCCUGUGCUUGAACAACUGGCGUCAGCCAAAUCCAGGGAUGUCCAACAUCAUCCGAAGAGAUACAGUGUGGCUGCAGGUUUCUCCUUCACUUCAGAACCUUCUGGAGUCAGUGACUCACAGCAACCCUACCGGUCACCUCAUAUUGUAUGCAAAGACCCAAGUGAAGUUCCCCAAACCCCUCAGUCAGUUAGCAAACCCCUUUUGAUCGUGGAACCGGGAAGUUCUGAAGGGUAUACGACACAGGGAGAUCCUAGUGGGCAGCCCUCCGAAUACCAAGAUUCAGACAUCUAUGAGACCAUAUCAGAUAGAAAACCCCCAGAGCUGAUGGAUCUUCCACCUCCAGUGUUUCCUACAUCUCUGGCUUCAACUGGAACCGAAGUGUUCCGGCAGCUGAGCGAGUUUCAAAGCAUUACUCCUGCCACAGUACCCCUUCUAAAAACACAGUUGUAUCAAAAGAGAGACCUCCAGUAUCAGACACUCAUUGAUGGAUUGGGGAGAAGGCAAGAGUGCCCCUUGAAUACUGCACAUAGUGCAGCUGGUGUUCACUCAGACCGUGGAAUUUACAAAAGGCUCUAAAACAAGGCUCAGAGGGACUCGUUUGUUGGCCAGUGGAACCUUGAUGAGCCCAACAAAACAGGUUUUAAACAGGUUUCACCCGCUGAUGCGAGUCGACACAGAAAUGAAGGAGUUAAUCUGAAUCUUCAACCACUCCCAAACGACUGACUCCAGCUGCUACCUGGUUGCCAGAGCACCAAUGACGUCGAGCAUGUUAUGUCUGCGCAGAGAAACAAAACCAUGGCAAAUGCCUUAUGAAGUUUUGCUAACGAAAGCGUUGUUUUUUCACCAUAGCAAAAAAAUUAAAAGGGAGAAACCUGA